AUGGCCAGAAACCUACGUGCAAAGAUCCCGGCGAGCGAUACUUUGAUCAUACAUGACCGCAACAAAGAAGCUACGGCCAGUUUCAUGCAUGAAGUCGGCAUUGCAAGGGACAGUCCAACCUCGAACAACCAAAUGGGCCUUAUGGGCAUUGAGAUUGCAAGCUCGCCGAGAGCAGUGGCGGAGAAGGCUGAAGUCAUACUCACCGUCCUCCCCGAGCCCUCCCAUGUCAAAAACGUCUUCCACAACAUCCUUAACCCACCUCUCCCACCACUCACGUCCUCCUCCGGCGCCUCUGAACGCCUCUUCAUAGAUUGCUCCACCAUCGACCCCACCUCGUCCCGCGAAGUCGCCAACGCCGUCCACUGCACAGCUCAAGGUCGCUUUGUCGACGCUCCCAUGUCUGGCGGCGUCGUAGGCGCACGGGCUGGCACUUUGACAUUCAUGUUGGGAGCCAGCAGCAGAUCGGGAGGACUGGUGAAGAGGGUGACUCCAAUAUUGGCAUUUAUGGGCAGCAAAGUCCUUCACCUGGGCGAACAAGGUGCUGGGCUGUCCGGGAAACUAGCGAACAACUACCUCCUUGCCAUCUCCAACAUCGCAACCGCCGAAGCCAUGAAUCUCGGCCUGCGAUGGGGACUCGACCCGCACGUCCUUGGCGAACUGAUCAACGGUAGCAGCGGCCGAUGUUGGAGCAGCGAGAUCAACAACCCAGUCCGCGGAAUCAGCCCGGGAGCGCCAGCGGAGGAAGAUUACGAAGGCGGUUUCGGGGUGGAAUUGAUGAAGAAAGACUUGAGGUUGGCGAUGGAGGAGGCGAUGAGGGUGGGUGCGAAGGUGGAGAUGGGAGAAAGAGCAGGAGACGUGUAUGAGGAUGUCGAGGCUUCGGAGAAAGGGAAGGAUUUCAGCGUUGUCUACAGGUGGUUGGGAGGGAAGAUGGUGUAG